AUGAUAAAUAUCAUAUUAUCUAACGAUGAUACUUCUAUUUCUAUCCAUUUAGAUGGUAAUACAGGACUACCAGAAGGUUUUACUACUAAAUUGAAUGAAAUUAUUUAUUCAGUUUCUGAUUCAAUUACCAUAAAUUCGUUAUUUAAGAUAGAAGAAUUUGAAGAAGAAUUUGAAACAGAAGUAUUUGAAAUAAAAGUAUUUGAGGUAGAAGAAUUUGGAAUAGAAAUGUUUGAAGCAGAAGAAUUUGGAGUAGUAUUAG